AUGGAGAUGGGUUUCCAGCGUAAGCGCAGUCUGUCAGUGCCACUGCUGCUCUCCUUGAACCCGGGAGGAGGACAGGAGAACGGUGGUCAUGUGCAUAGCCAAGACGGACAAGAUGGCCAAUCCGGACAAGACCUCGACGGUGAUCAGGAUAUGGAUACCGACGAAUUGGCGUCAACUUCGUCGUCGUCUUUAGCGGUUGGUGUCUCUCAGGACAAUGGUAGCGACAACAAUAGGUCGUCGCCUUCAACAGCCUUAGUUUACGACUACAGCAAAAUGACCCUGCAGCGGGAAUCGCUCUUGGCAACGUUACCCAGAAGCCAUCGUCAUCGAGCCUAUGCAAGCAACGCAGGCAAGGCACCCCAGCCUGGACACUCUCGCCAUACUCUGUACUAUAGCGGCAACCACCAUCCUCAUGCAUCCCCACGCCACCAAUACAAUCCCUUCACAAACCGCAAGUUCCCACCAUACCAGUACUGGGCAGUUUCGGCACAGCGAGAUUACCAUCUCUCGACGAUCGGUGUCCUCUCAGCGCCCUCGGGAGCACGAUCAGUAAUAGACCCAUCAUCAUCAACACCAGGCUCAGGAGGCGCAGGUGGAAGUGGAGGCGGAGGAGGAGGAGGAACGGGCGAUCUGUUUUUGAGAGCAGCACUUGGAGGCAGCAGUGGAGGAGGUGUCAACAAGAGGCUCAUCGUCGACGACAAGUCUAGAUCCACGGGACCAGGGUUCACCACCACCGUCAGCGGGACCAGGAUCAACAGCCGUAUCACCGUCAAAGUUCACAGAUCGGGAUGGAUCUCCUAA